AUUUUAUUACCAUCAAAUCAAAUUAAGCACUCAAAACAGAGGACCCUCUCUGUUUCUCUCUCUACAACAACAUGCGACUGCAACUUUCUCUCUCCACCGUUGGAGCCACCAUCUCCACCACCACUACCCAUCAAACCCUAACCCAUUUCAACCACCACCAACUCCGGCACUUCGCAAAGUGGGUCCCAUACAAACCCCUCCCAAAACCCAAACUCCACCAAAAACUCCGAGCAAUCAAAACCCUAAAAACCCACCUCCAAGAUUCCUACUUUGUCUCCCCUUUCCCUUGCCAUGGCUUCUCUGCCAACAAAUUCAAACCCCUUAAAACCCCUCUUUCUUCUGACCCUUCUGCUGCUAAGCUUGUUUUUGUCAAGAAUUCUCUUGUUUCCAAGGCUUUUUCUGGCACCCAAUUUGAGGUUUUAGGGGGUUGUAUGAAGGGGAUGAAUUCUCUGCUCUUUGUUAAAAAGGAAGAUGCUGUGGGUCCCGUUUUAGGGGGUGUGAAAUCUGCUGUUAAAGAAGGAAAAAUGGAGUUUAAUGAUUUUCCUGGGGCUGUUGUUGGUGGUCAGCUCUAUGGGCAUUUGGAUUUGGAGGUGUUUCAGAGUACCCCUUCUAAGAUGGAGGCUAAUGGGAUGGUUCUUGGAUCGCUUUUCGGACCGUCUUCGACUUUGAUGGCGGUGUUGGAAGGGUUUUGUGCUGAGGAUUCCGGUAAUGUGGAUGCGGCUGAGGCUAAGGAUGUGAGUGAGAGCCCUGCUCAAUGAUGUAGAGAGUCAAUUGAGGUGGUGAAGAAAAAUCUUUGGUGAGGACCAAGAAGGGUCUCCAGCGGACCAGUGGCACUGCAAAUCAGUGAUCCCAACCACUGGAUAGACAGCCUGUCUGAUAAAAGCAGCUGAAGUUUUGUAUAUUUUUAGGUUAUGAUCAUUUUUUUCUGAUAAAUGAGGGUUGAUAUAAGAUUAGUUGCCUCAACUAUGGAGUUUUUUUUAACUUUUUUUCUCAAAAUUAUACCUGAUGAAUAGAUGGCAAUUCUGGCCUCUCAUACUUUGUAUGGCGCAGUUAGCUUUCAGGGUUCACAUUUUUUGGUUUCACCCUAUGUUGUAUGGCGGUGUGUUGCUUAACUGAUCUUUGUCAGGAAUGAAAGUUUUAAACGAAAAAUCA